AUGUUAAGUCGCCGCGCAGCCGCCUCCGCCACCGCUACCUUAUCUCGUACUCUGUCCCUUCUCAAUCCGGCCAAACACACCACAGCCAGAUUUUCGACCACCUCACCGACGAACCCUCCUUACCAUCAGCCACCGCCUUGGCUUAUGCUGCCGCCGACCUUUGACGCCGCCAACAACAUGGUUCAUAACUUUUACGUUCUCGGAGAGAACCAAGUGAUGAGCCUCGUAAAGGGAGAAGAGGAGGAUGAAGAUGAAGAUAAGGAUGAGGAUGAGGAUGAGGAUGAAGACGAGCUCUGGCCGGACCGCAAUUUUAAGGCGAUGGGGUCCUCCCCCGGCUGGCUCGUCUUUCUCGACACCCGAACCAGCCACCUCUUCAUCUCCGAUCCCAUCCUUGCCUUCAACAUGAAGCUUCCGCCCAUCCACACCCUGCCAUCACCACAGGAUGAGGACGCCCACUGCCAAGUCACCAGCAUCGCUCUCAACUCCUGUCCCGCUCUCUUUAACAAAGGCCGUACCAGGAAUUACCCGGCUACCUCGUCCGAGGAGGUGCGCGAGUACAAUUUCCUUGUGGUCGCUGAGCCGUCAGGAGAUCUCUUCCACGUGAGGCGGUUUGUGACGGUGGAUAGUUCGGGACCACUCGGUUAUGGUGGGCCGAGGAUGGGUUUUUAUCACGGUUCCCCUUACAGGACUCUCGGUUUCAAUAUCCACAGGUACGACCCAGACACUGGCUUGUUUGUGUACAUGGAUUGCUCACUAGACGGGCUUGCGUUUUUCGUCGGGUGCAACAACGGGCUUGCGAUCCACACUGAUCAGUACCCUGAGCUGAAGCCCGACUCCAUUUACUACACAGCGCCACCGGGAUGGAUCAAUUGGAGCUACGGUGGCCAUGACGUUGGCAUCUUCAAUAAUCGAGACAAGACUUUUUCACCCUGUUUUUAUCCUCCUGACGUGCAGAGCAAGAAAAUGGUUAGUGGACCCAUGUGGUUUAGGCCCAGAAAAAUGUCGAGGCGUACGUUCCUCGUGCACAACCACGAUGGUACUCUCACUAUUACUCCCAAACUUCCAAAGUAA